AUGCUGCGGCAGUUCCAGAUGUUUGAGCAACCUGUCAGAAGCGGGUUUAACGACACCUAUCAAGACGAGUCCUGGCUGCAGCGCUUCGUGGUGGGCCCGGAGAGCCAGGUCCAGUUUGUGUGGGCCAUGAUGGCCACGUGCUUCAUCAUCUGGGAUACUGCUACCAUUCCCCUGGAGAUGUUCCCUGUGGACCGUGUCUUUGGCCAGGUGAUGACGAUCGUGGCUGUGACCUCCUCCGUCUUUUGGAUUGUCGAUUUGCCCCUGCACUUCCUGUUUGGAGUGCAGACAGGCGGCGCAAUCGAGCUGAGGCCAUGGCAGCUGGCGAAGCUCUACAUGAGGUCGUGGCUGCUGGCUGACAUCCUCAUCAUAGUGAUAGAUGUGACGCUGCUGUCCUUCGAAGCAUUGGCGUCGGAUGUGGACCCAGUCUUCCGAUCCGGCCGUUUCCUGCGGACGCUGCGACUGGUCCGCCUGGUGCGGCUGCUGCGUGUGGGAAAGCUGGAGAGGCAGGUGAUGAAAAUUGCCAACCGCUUCCUGUCGACCUACUCGCUGAUGGCCUUACGAGUCGCGGGCUACCUUGCGAUCAUGCUCGCGAUGAACCAUUUGAUCGCAUGCUGCUGGUAUGGUGUGGGCGCCUGGACCCAGCAUUUGGGGAACUGGUUGGACAGGUCGGAAAUAGAUCCGGAGUCCGUGUCUGAAGCCUACGUGGCCUCGCUUCACUGGUCUCUCACCCAGUUCACUCCCUCGACGAAUCCGAUCGCACCGGGAAAUGCCUGGGAGAGGUUCUACGCCAUUUGGGUGAUUCUGCUCGCUAUGGCGUGCUUCUCGUCCUUCAUCGGCUCCAUCGGCACCACUUUAACCUCGAUGCGCUCCGUGCGAAGAGAGCAGCUGCUGCAAGAGACCAAGCUUGAGGUGUUUUUCACUGAACGCAACCUCUCGCUAGACCUCUUCGAGAGAGUGAAGGGCGCACUCCAGCAGGACAAAAUGGCAAGAACACGCCUGCAUGAGGAAGAGGUCGUCCUCAUCCAGGGCAUCCCGGAGAGGAUCAAACUGCAGCUGCACAAGGAGAUGUUCCUUCGGAUCCUCUUUCAGCUCGAAAUCUGGCCAGUCUGGACGCGGAACGACAUGGAUUUCCUGCAGCACUUGUGCCACCACACCAUGUCCGAGCAUACGUCGAGACCCGGGCAGGAUAUCUUCAUGCCCCGUACGGAGUGCUUCCUCGUCUACGUGCUUGAAACCGGCUCUUUGGAGUAUUUUGUGCAAAGCCAGCAACCCGUGCACUGCACGGAGACUUCCAAUGCUGUCCUUUGUUUACCAAGCUUGUGGGCCGAGUGGCAGCACGUUGGUCACUUGACCGCCACCUUCGGUACCUGCUUCUAUGUCGGCAUCGACUGUCAACGGUUUUGCGCCCUCGCUGCAAACUUCGGAGGCCCACUUUGCGAAUACCUCAAGGUCUUGGGCAUCCUCCUGCUCGGCCAAAUUGAAGCCGCGCAGGCAAUGAACCUGGUCAUCACGGAUAUCUCUGUCACGACCGACAUCAACGUUCGCGAACUCUCGGAGCGUGCCGAGGGCUUCACCUCUCUAAGAGAGCAUUUGCUCAACCACUCGGACAGUCAAGUUCGCUCUGAGACUCGCGAAAGCUUCGAGUCAAUGUCAGAAGAUGCCGUUGAAACGCGGGAGCACGUCUGA